CAACCUCCACCCUAGCACUCUGCGCAUUCUCAAUCUGCGCUUAUGAAUUCCGCAUCCGUUUAGUCGAACUUUGGGUCAUGACCUCAACAUUAUGGCAUCAAUUGGAACGAACCCCUACUUACAGCUUUUAAAAUAUGAUAUCGGCCGCCCCAAUCUAAUCUUCGCAUUGAAGUUCACUACCACAGCGCCAUGGAACAGGAAACUGCUUUAUAUCUUGAAUCACAUAAACGCCUCCUGAACUGGACCCAGGAGUUGGAAUUUCUGGGUUAUAUCCUCUCAGAGAUAGUGGACCCUCAUGGUCUUGAUAAACAGGGGUUUACCUGCCACCAGGCGGUGGAUCUGCCGACAAUUAUUUAUAUACUUCGUCGUGCAUGCUCCCGGCCUGGUGGUAGGCUCCGAGGUGUAUUAAGCAAGCAAGCAUCGAAAUAUUUCGGGGACCUGCUGUUGAGAUGCAAGCGAAUACGCAAUGCAAUGGCCCACCACGCUGUAUUGGACGAUGAGACGAUGAGGACACCGCAAGAAGCAAAGGAGGAGCUUGGCCUCCAACUUCAGUCCGUAAUUAGUCAAGCAGCGUCAAGAUAUGAUAUUCAUCAGCUUUCUGACUGAUAUCAGGUCAGCUGGUACCCUGAUAACACUGAGUCUGAUGGUGCCGCAACUCGUCACAGUGAGAUUAUUUUUUUGGAUGGUGAACCAUUACUAUGCCAGCGUCGACAAAUCCUGGGAAUAGAUCAGGAAACUAGUUCGCAACAGUUGAGGCGGAAGCGCAAA